AUGAGGAAAGAGGCUCUUCAGGCCAAGUUUCAAUUGAGCAUGGCUCAGAAUAAUGCGCGAGCCAUGUCAUGGCUUACUCCAUCUGCUAGUGCAACAUCUGCAUCAUCCAGUACUAAACCUAUUUCUGGAAAUACUGCAAACACAAGCAAAGUACCUGGCUCUAACGAGAAUAUAGAUGAUUCAAACGAUGAAUUUAUGAAUCUACGGGUGAUACCACCAGGAUCCGGCCUCGGAAGCACGAAAAGUACUCAACGAAUAGGAGAUUUCUUCCAGCAAUUUAACACUGAUCCAAAUAGUAACAAAUUAAAGAAUAAGGAUAACACAAAUAAUAAUGCUGUGGGUGAUGUACGACGAAAUGGCGGAAGUGCCGGGAAUUCCGGAAGUGGUGGAAGUAGAGCUAUGAAUGCAUUGUUGAAUAAGAUGAGGAAUGAAAAUAGGGAGAAAAUUAAACAGAAUCAAGAUCAUAACAUUAGUACCAAAAAAGGGACAGUGGUGGGCAAUUUAACUAGCGGAGGAAGAAAAGCAUUAAAGACUGGAGAUACAAAAUCGGCCAAGAAGGGUACUGGGUUCCAUACAGGUGGGAUGAAUGGCGAUAAUGACUCGGAUUCUGAUCCUGAUAUGGAUGCAUUGCGAGCGCGCGCAAGUAUCAAAAAGAAUGCGAGCAUGGGACGAGUUGGAAAGAAAGCAAGACCAUUUUGA